AUGGAUCUCCACGCUCACGCGGAGCGUUGCAUGGCCGACACCAACAGUAUUCUGGGCGAGGCACGCAACUGGAUGCAGGAUUUCCUUUCCGCAGACCAGCAGAAGAAUGAAGUUAUAACCGCUUUAAUUAAGAAGCUCCAAGAUACCGAGGCUGACAUCGGCCAACUAAAACGAGACUUAUCAGCAGAGCAUAAGUCGCGUAAUGGUUUUCAGGUCGAGGCCGAACUUUAUCACUCCCAGUGCAAGAAGCUGGAGCAGAAGAUUGAUGACGGAUCCUUUAUUGCUGUUCUUAUUGAUGGUGAUGGUGCCAAGUUUGCCGACCAUUUCAUCCGGAAUCCCUUAGAGGGUGGCCCACGAGCUGCCCAGGCUCUCAGGCAGGCCGUCCGGGAACACGUCAUGAGCGAGUAUCCCGAGCUGGAUAAUGAAGAUAUCCCCAUUCUUAUCCGAGUUUAUGCCAACCUUAACGAUCUGGCCAAGUCCCUGCGGUUUUCAAACGUUAUCGACAGAGACGAGGAUAUGAAGAUCUUCGCCGAGCAGCUUACAAAUAGUCGCACCGAAGUCGAUUUCGUCAAUGUCGGAAGAGGGAAGGAAAACGCAGAUUCUAAGAUUAGAAAGAUGCUUAGCCAUUAUCAUAAGAACCUACAGUGCAAGAAGAUAUUCCUUGCCUGCUGCCACGACAACGGUUAUCUGCACGACCUGCGCGAGUAUAGUGAUAGGGCCGAGCUUAAUAGAAAGAUCGUCCUGGUAGAAACAACUCCUGCAGAACCCAAUUUUAAAAUGCUCGGGUUUCCCGUCACGCGUUUCGACGGUGUCUUCCGGACCAAGGGGUUGGACAAUGAGACCAAGCAUAACUUUUCAAUGCCUGUCAAACCUGUCCAACCGCCUGAGCCGAGACCAGCUCCGUCGCUGCCACCCCCUGUCAGACAGCCCUCAGUGCCCCAGAACCCACUGGACGCGCACCGGGUUGCUAGCAGCUCCCCUGACCAGCAGCAACAGCAACUACAACAACAACUACAACAACAACAACCACAACAACAGCCCUUUUCAUCUGCUCCAAACAACGAUCCACACGGUGGCUCUGCGUCCGUUGCCUCUGAAACUGAGACCGCGUCCCGCACUCCUAGUGUUGUUAAUUCUGGCAAUGGGGGAACGUCCGUUAGCUAUGCCACCGCUGGAGGCAACACUACCAACCACCAAAACAUCAGCCUCCAAACGGCGAAGUCGAGAAAGCUCCCGAAGACGGUUCUUUACAACUUUGAAGGCUCUAGAAUUGAUCCUCCGACGACACACCCAGCGAAUAACCCGGCUCAGGGCACCUAUAAAACCAAGCUCGAGAAGAUCAGCCCCAACGCGUUUUGCAAUGAUCACUAUCUCGUUGGCACUUGUCGUCGAACGAGUUGUGACCGAGUUCACAAUGUCGAUUUGACCCCGCAAGAAGUCUCGAUUCAUCGAUACAAGGCUCGGACCAGUGUUUGUCCUCGUGGUCCCGAAUGUGAUGACUAUGACUGCUACCUAAGCCACCACUGUUUGAGAGACCCUCGCUGCACCCGCGGAAACGCCUGCCGGUUUACUAAUACGGAGUUUGGGAAUCUACACCUGGACACCAAUGAGAAACUUAAGCCUGCGUAUGUCUGA